AUGAUUGAAAAUGACUAUGUCGAGAGUCAACCCGUCGGUGGGCCCACCAAAGCUGACCGUAAAACUCGUUCGCGCGUCAUCUGGCGCUACAUGGUGAGCACCCUCGAUCUAGUGGUCGAGAAGACCCAGAUCAGCUUCAGCAAUCCGUAUUAUUAUAUAUGUAUGGCCGGCAAAUCCACCCGCCAGUGCCAUCCGGAGUAUCUCUCACAUGAGAUCGACGAAGUUGUAAGCCAUAUGGACUCUAAUAGACUCACCGUCGUUGUCAUUAUGGCUAGUAUAGACUGGUUUGACCUAAAUGGUGUCGCCGCCGUAACCCAGAUUACUAAACUGAACCGUAUACUGAAGAUGGGUGGCUAUGUACUACUUCGCUCUUCGGCACUACGCCCCUGGUAUAUCGAUAUUCUCGAAGCCUAUGGCCUUUCCUCUAAGUAA